GCUGCGCUCUCUCUCACAUCCACAGCUGUCUCAAUCCAUUGUCCCAGCCAGAGAGACAGACAGACAGAGAGACUGCAGGGAGUGCACUGAGACCUCCUCAUUAUUAGGGCUGGCAUCUUAAAGAGUGGAGGAAGCCCUGCCGGAUGAUACAACCGGCCACAUCUGGAGAGAGCGCUCCCCAUCACAUAGACGGCCCUCAGGAAAAGAGACAUCCAUCUGACAGAACAAUAGCAAACACUGCGCAGAGGGACCGCCCUGAAGAUCUGCACAAAGGGGAUGAAAGAGACGGCCCAGGGAUGAGAACAAAGCGCCGAGACUGCCGGCCACAGGGAAGAGACAUCUGAGGUGAGGGCCUUAUGUGAAGGUAGAGAAGAGACUGCCGGCCACAGGGAAGAGACAUCUGAGGUGAGGGCCGUAUGUGCAGGUAGAGAAGAGACCGCCGGCCACAGGAAAGAGACAUCUGAGGUGAGGGCCGUAUGUGCAGGUAGAGAAGAGACCGCCGGCCACAGGAAAGAGACAUCUGAGGUGAGGGCCGUAUGUGCAGGUAGAGAAGAGACCGCCGGCCACAGGAAAGAGACAUCUGAGGUGAGGGCUGUAUGUGCAGGUAGAGAAGAGACUGCCGGCCACAGGGAAGAGACAUCUGAGGUGAGGGCCGUAUGUGCAGGUAGAGAAGAGACUGCCGGCCACAGGGAAGAGACAUCUGAGGUGAGGGCCGUAUGUGCUGGUACAGAAGAGACCGCCGGCCACAGGAAAGAGACAUCUGAGGUGAGGGCCGUAUGUGCAGGUAGAGAAGAGACCACCGGCCACAGGAAAGAGACAUCUGAGGUGAGGGCCGUAUGUGCAGGUAGAGUAAAGACCGCAGGCCACAGGGAUGAGACAUCUGAGGUGAGGGCCAUGUGCAGUUAGAGAAGAGACCGCCAGCCAUUGGCCUCAGAGAGACAGACGGAGGUCUCCUGGAAUGGAAACAGGAUUAACACCAAGUGUGACUGACACCCGGCCGAAUCAGAGACUGCGGUCACCUGAGCUGACAAUCUAAUGAAUGAGCAACGUUAACCUCCAGCCUUAAAGUGGAUGCAGGAAGAUGCUGCGGCUCGGGGUCUACCUGUUGCUGCUCUUGGCAUGUUCACCGUCCAAUUCCUCUCUAGGAACCCUGGAACUACACAUUGAUGAAGAACAACCGGCUGGAACCAUUAUAGGGGACAUCAGUGCGGGUCUUCCCCCAGACUCUACCGGGCACAUGUUCUUUAUUUCAGCACAAGAAGGAAGCGGUGUCACUAGUGAUCUAGAGAUCGAUGAGCACACCGGGAUUAUUAAAACAGCUCGAGUUCUUGACCGGGAGCAACGCAACCAUUACAGUUUUAUAGCAGUCACCCCGGAAGGCAUUACCGUGGAGGUGGAUAUUCAUGUGGAUGACAUCAAUGACCACACACCGACAUUUGCAAAAGGUCACAUAGAAAUUGGCAUUCCAGAGCACACACCGCAGGGGACUAGCUACCCGCUCGAGCCAGCCGUGGACUUGGACAGUGGAGCAUUGGGCACUCAGGGUUAUCUUAUUAAAAGUGGAGAUCCCAUGCAAGCAUUCCGACUAGAAACCCGCCAAAUGUCUAGUGGUAUAUUGUCUGUAGAACUGGUAGUAAACUCCGAUCUAGACAGAGAGAACUCUUCAUCGUAUUCCUUAACUUUGGAGGCAUAUGAUGGUGGUUCUCCAAGUCGUAGCUCACAAAUGAGACUGGAUAUAUCAAUCCUGGACAUCAAUGACCACCCUCCAGUAUUCAAUCAAAGCCGCUAUCAGGCACUCAUUUCUGAAAGUCUUUUACCGGGAUCUAGUGUGCUUCAGGUCUAUGCCACCGAUUCUGAUUUGGGUCAAAAUGGAGACAUCACUUAUGAGAUCAACCGUAGGCAAAGUGACCCAGAGGGUUUCUUUACCAUCAAUCCACAUUCCGGACUUAUCCAGCUCAGUAAACCUUUGGAUUACGAGACUCGGAAAACUCAUGAACUGGUUGUGCAAGCUAGAGACGGAGCAGCUCAGCCAGAGGUGGGCACUGCGUUUGUAUCUAUUCAGCUACGGGAUUCUAAUGACAACCAGCCCAGCAUGACCAUCAUCUUUCUGAGCGAGGAUGGUGCCCCAAGAGUGUCCGAGGGAGCCAACCCUGGGCAAUAUGUAGCACGAAUCUCUGUAUCUGAUCCUGACUAUGGUGAACAUCCUGAUGUGGAUGUGACUCUGGAGGGUGGAGAGGGAAAGUUUGCUUUGACCACAAAAGAUAGCAUCAUCUACCUCAUAUGUGUGGACAAGUUACUAGACCGAGAAGAGCGAGACUCAUACCGCCUAAGGGUUCUUGCUACAGAUUCAGGAACACCUCCAUUAAGGGCAGAAUCCUCCUUUGUUCUUGAGGUGACAGAUAUUAAUGACAACCCACCAGUCUUUGACCGACAAGAAUACAGCCACAGUGUCCCAGAAGCCGUCCAUCCUGGGAGCUUCCUUCUCCAAGUGACGGCACGGGAUAAAGAUCAAGGGCAGAAUGGAGAAAUCAGAUAUAGUCUUCUAGACACACCUUGGUUCCAUAUCCAUCCAGACACAGGAGUCAUUACCACUGCUGCCCCAUUGGAUUAUGAGAAAGACCCUAAGCCUCAGAUAACAGUGGUGGCUUCGGAUCUAGGCACGCCACCAUUGACCGCCACUGCCAUUGUUAGGGUCCACCUCCUGGAUGUAAACGAUAAUGAACCCAUUUUCGCCAAUGCAAUAUACAAUGCGACGCUGAGUGAGGGCUCCGCUCGGGGAAGCUGUUUCCUAAAGGUCUCCGCAUCAGAUGCAGACAGUGGGAGUCUUGGAUCGGUGUUGUACUCUCUCAGCCCCACAUCUCCUCCUCAGUUCCAGAUUCACUCAGACACUGGAGAAAUCUGCCUCUCGGACACCUUGGAUAGAGAUGAUGGAGAGCGCUUUUUCCUUCUUCAUGUGACUGCUACCGACGGGGGAGGCCUGAGCUCUGGAUGCCUCGUCCGGGUCUCGGUGGAAGAUGUGAAUGAUAACCGUCCAGUCUUUUAUCCACUGGAAUAUGGUGCUAGUGUAAGUGCCCACAGCCCACCAGGAACACCCAUAAUCAGUGUGACCGCCCGCGAUAAGGAUGAUGGGCUACAUGGGGUCCUCACCUACCAUAUUCUGUCAGGAAAUAACCCUCCUCUUCUGCGCAUUGAGCCUGACACAGGUACCCUCUUGGUAGCACGCUCUCUGUCUGCCCGGGCUGGCUCUGUCCUCCAUCUUGAGGUGGGAGCCCAGGAUGGAGGUGGAGUAAGAGCUGAAGUGAACGCUUGGGUGAACAUCAGCAUCUUACCAAGCUCUGCCCAUAUACCAACAUUUCUCCAGCCUCAGUAUGACUUUGUGGUACCUGAAGACACGCCACCAGGGACCAUUGUGGGCAGUGUGAAGGCAACUAACCCACCAGGUGCCCCUGGUGUAAUCCUCUACUCUUUGGCCUAUGGUGAUCCCGGUGGACUUUUAUCCCUGGACCCUCAUUCUGGAGUAUUGUCUACACAUCGGCAGCUCGAUCGAGAACAAGACACUGAGCUUCUUCUGGAAGUCCAGGCCCAAAGUGGGUCUCCCCCAGCCUACACCAGAGCACGGGUCACUCUGCGAAUCACCGAUGUUAAUGAUAAUCCACCAACGUUUAUGUCAUCCUCACACACCCUCAGAAUCCAGGCAUCCACCCCUAUUGACUCCAUCAUAUUUACUGCAAAAGCGCAAGACCUGGAUGUGGGAGCCAAUGGCCAGAUCCACUAUCAGCUUGUUCCUCAGGGCCCCUUCAGCAUAGAUAGUUCUGGACAGAUCCAGAUCACCGGACCCCUGAACCAGGAGAGUUAUGAUCUCCGUGUACUUGCACUUGAUGGUGGCUUCCCCCAACUUUCUUCUGAGUUAGAGAUCACAGUCCUUGUGAUUGAGCAGGAGUCUGAGCCAGCCUGUGGAGCCUCUGACUAUCGUGUAGAGGUCCGGGAAGGAAGCCCCCCCAUGAGCAGACUUUUGCAGGUACAAGCAUUACUUCCUGGUGGAAAGGAGAAUCCUUUACGUUACAGGCUGAGAACAGAUGCUGAUGCGGUGGGAUUUAGUGUGGAGCCAGAGACUGGAUGGUUGUACGUCCGAGGAGCAUUGGAUAGGGAAAGUCGAGAAGUAUAUGUACUGGCAGUGCUGGCAUCAGGGGGUACUGGAGGACGCACCGCCACUUGUACCGUACGCGUGCGAGUCACUGAUGAGAAUGACAACGCUCCACGACUAAGUGAGGAGCGGUAUUUCAUGAGCAUCUCCGAGAAUCGACCACCAGGAGAGAUUGUGGGAAGAGUUAGCGCUACAGACAGAGACGCAGGACAAAAUGGACGGGUGACAUACAGACUUCCCGCACAAGAGACUGACUUCACCAUUCAUCCGCACACAGGGGAAUUAUCAGUAAGACGGAGUCUGGACCGGGAGAACCAAGCCACCUAUCAGCUCCUGGUCAUAGCCCAGGAUGGAGGGGCCCCUCCACGCAGUGUGACCGGCACCAUCCAUGUGUCAGUGCUGGAUGAGAAUGACAACCAUCCAGUCUUCCUGCAUCCCAGUCCUGGGAGAGAGACCACUGUCCAGGUAAUGGAAGGAAAACUGUCUGGUGCAUUUGUGGCAUCCAUCUUGGCCAAGGAUGCAGAUGAAGGCGAGAAUGGGACAGUGACCUAUAUCCUAUCAGGUCCAUGGGCAGAGCGGUUCUCCUUGCAUCCACACACAGGAGAGCUGCGUACAGCAACUUCUAUUCACCAUGCAGAACGAUCUCUCUACACAAUGACUGUUCAGGCCCAAGACACUGGAUCUCCUCCCAAAAGCACAGAGGCCACCCUCCGUAUACAGGUUUUACCAUCUGCCAGACACCCAACGAAGCCCAAUCCUAGUGCACUUGUCCUUACACCAAUAGAAGGAUUGCCACCUGGAUCACUUUUAGGUUCCAUUUCCCCUAAAACUCCCCAUGGCUCCGCUAUCUACACCUUAAUGGACGACCCAAAUGGGACCUUUAUGGUGGAUGGGCGGACAGGUAAUAUCUUCCUGGUAAAAGAACUGGACUUUGAGUCUCAGCCUCGGUAUAGCCUGAGAGUGAAUGUUGAGGAAGCAAGAGAAGUGACAGGUGUAUACUUACCACCUCGAAUAGUUCAAGUAGACAUUGAAGUCCAGGACAAAAACGAUCAUUCCCCUGUGUUCCCUGAGGAUCCCCUGACAUUGGUGGUAGCAGAGGAUGCUCAAGUCGGUUCAUCUGUCUUCACUUUCGAAGCUCUGGACCGAGAUGGACCGGGUCCCAACAGUCAGCUUCGAUAUUCCUUACUGCGUCAGGAGCCAGAGUCUGCGGAAAGUAUUUUUCGCCUGGAUGCAGAGACAGGUGUGAUGAGCAUAGCGCACGCACUGGAUCGGGAAAAAGUGUCGUCUUACUUGCUGAUGGUGGAGGCCAGAGAUUGUGCACUGAAUGCAAGUCAACGUCGCUCCACUUCUGUUACUGCAAGAAUUUUUCUUAGUGAUCGCAAUGAUAAUACCCCUCAGUUCAUCACACCGUCUGUUGUAUGGUUGUCAGAGGACCUUCCUGUAGGAUCUACAGCUCUUUUUUUGGUAGCACAAGACCCGGACCUGGGAGAGAAUGGACGGAUUGGUUAUCAGCUAGUUGCAGGCAAUGAGGAGGGCAGGUUCCAAAUACACCCAAGCACAGGAGCGCUCUCUGUGGUCAGAGGAUUGGACCGUGAAGAGACGGCCGGGUACAACCUAACUCUGGUAGCCAUGGAUUACGGAUCUCCACGCCUUUCCAGCACACAGACACUUUCCGUCUCGGUUCUCGAUGUGAAUGAUGAUGUUCCCACAUUUGAGAAAGCACAGUAUGAAGGCCACGUGAAGGAGAACCAGGCGGCAGGCACCACUGUCCUCCGACUGCAGGCUAUGGACAGAGAUCUCGGCCCUGGAGGACAAGUGACGUAUGGUGGAGGUACCAGCGAAGAAUUCUCACUUCAUCCUCAGAGUGGAAUCCUUACCACCAAAAAGCCACUAGACCGAGAGAAAAAAGAUGUCUACAAGCUGACAGCAUAUGCUCGGGAUGGAGGGUCCCCACCCAAGGUGUCUGAAGUCCGGAUUCAUAUCACUGUGGGGGAUGAGAAUGACAACGCUCCUGUAUUUGAAAGCAACAGCAUUUUCCUUGAAGUUCCUGAGAAUCAGGAACCAAUAACACUAUGUGUCCUCCGAGCCUGGGACCUGGACACAGGAAGCAAUGGGCAGCUAAAGUAUCGUCUGAUAGAUGGAGACCAAUUACAAGACUUCUCACUGGAUUCAUCAACAGGAGUCCUCUCAACAACGAAACCUCUGGACCGGGAGUCAGUGUCGGAGUACGGGAUGACCAUAUUGGUGCAGGAUUCAGGCAAUCCACCCCUCAGUGCCUCCACAACUAUCACAAUCUCUGUGCUCGAUCUCAAUGACAACACCCCCACUUUCUCAGAGCCAUCUUUCCAUGCAGAGGUUGCCGAGGACGCCCCUGUUGGUAGUUUAGUUCUCAGACUGACAGCUCUUGAUCCCGACUAUGGCCACAAUGGCAGAACCACAUUCCAUCUCUCUAAUGGGACCCAGGGGGCUUUCCAUAUUGACCCUCUUACUGGACACAUCACAACAGCCAUCCAGCUGGACCGUGAGCGGCGGGCGGCAUACACCUUCUUGGCUUGGGUAAUGGAUUCUGACCCAUCUGGACCGCGCAGUGCAGAAACCAGCGUGACUGUUAUAGUAAAGGACGUCAACGACAAUCCUCCAACAUUUUUACGAAGCCCGUUUCACCUGAAUCUGUCUCGUAACACCCCCAUCAAGAGGACUUUGGCUGCCAUGAGAGCCGAAGACAAGGACGCCGGUGCCAAUGCUUCAAUCUUAUACAGGCUGGCACCACAUUCGGGAACAGGACGCUUUUCUGUAGAUCCUUACACCGGUGAAGUACGUCUGCUGGAACCUCUGGAUGGCAUGAGCCCGCGGGAACGCACAGUUUUUGUACAGGCCUCAGAUCUGGGUGAGCCUCCGCUAUCCUCUACUGCUGUCCUGGUUAUACAUGUCCGUGAGGAGGCAGCACGGGGUCCGCGAUUCCCAAGGGAGGCCAAUGAGUUCAGCUUAUCAGAGAACAGUCAGCAAGGCUCAGUGGUUGGAUCAGUGAAGGCCGCACACAGCGGGGGCUCCUCUGGGAAAAUAACCUACAGCAUCCUGAGCGGAAAUGAAAUAGGAGCAUUCAGCAUCAGCCCAAAUACAGGGCAGAUCACGGUGCUGCAGCCGACAUUACUGGACUUUGAAGCUAACCCGCGUCAUAAGCUGGUCAUCCAGGCAGAGACCACGCAGCAUUACGCCUUCACCGCGGUCACCAUCCUAUUGCAGGAUGCCAAUGACAACACGCCCCGCUUUCAGCUUCCUUCCUACACGGCUUACAUCCGGGAAGGUCUGGCUGGCGGGAGUCUCCUUAUACAGGUUCUGGCUGAAGAUCCUGACCAAGGAAUGAAUGGACAAAUCACCUACACAUUUGAGCAGUUCCAGCCCAUGAGGGAUCUGUUUCGCAUCGAUCCUCAAUCCGGCGUAGUUACUACAGCUGUUAUUCUAGACCGUGAGAUCUGGUCUGAGGCUCGAUUGGUGGUCACAGCGACAGAUCGUGGGUCCCCUCCACUCACUGGAUCCGCCACCCUAACCCUGAUAGUGAUGGAUGUCAACGAUAACAGUCCAACUAUUCCCCUCCAGCUGGAGCUCAGCAUCCCAGAGGAUGCCCUCAUUGGGUCAGAAAUUGCCCAUGUGACGGCAAAUGACGUGGACUCCGGCCCUCCGUUGUGGUACAUUCUGACCAUUGAUGGCUCUCCAGGAAGCACGUUUAGCAUCUUCCGUUAUGGUGGACAAAUAUGGCUGACAGAGCCCCUUGACUAUGAAGAGCGGGCAUCGUACACAUUAACAAUACAGACAUCCGAUGGGAAACACCAAACACGGGCCGACGUGAGACUGACGCUACAGGAUGUCAAUGAUAACGCUCCAGAGUUCAAGCAGAACCUUUACCAGGUCAUCAUCAUGGAGCACACUCCGGCAUGGACCCCGCUUCUCACUAUUACAGCCACUGAUCGAGACUCCGGGGAGAUGGGCAGAGUCACAUACAAAGUGCUGUCCUCUGGUACCGGCACUUUCCACAUCGAUCCACAUAAUGGGACCCUCUUCACAAAGCACCCGAUAGAGUUGGACACAUCACAACCUCUGGUGGAUGUGCUGGUUGAAGCUCGAGAUCAAGGAUCUCCAAGUCUCACUUCUUUCGUCACAGUACAGAUUCUAGUCACGGAUGUCAAUGACCACGUCCCCACAUUCCCACAACAACAAUACACGGCUGCCAUACCCGAGGACUUGCCACUAGGUAGCACCAUUUUGAUUUUAGAGGCCACUGAUGCAGACUUGACACCAGAGAAUUCAGUCCUGGAUUAUACUAUUCUGAGCGGAAACGUUGGUAAUGUGUUCCAAGUACAGAGCAGCCUCCGAUUCUGGAAUGGACAAUUUCAGCAAAUUGGUUCAAUCAUAUUGACAGACGCACUGGAUUUCGAGACAAUGCACUCCUAUAACCUCACUUUGGGUGCGUCUGAUAGAGGCGUUCCCCAGAGAAGCCAUUCUGUUCACGUCCUCAUCACUGUACUGGAUGUCAAUGAUAAUCCACCAGUAUUUCCACGUCCAGAUUAUAGCGUACUCCUAAGUGAAGCUGCACCCGUUGGCUCUGAGGUGCUACGUGUAUUGGCCCAAGAUUCUGACUCUGGACAAAAUGGUUUGGUGCAUUACAGAAUCACGUCUGGUGACGAGAGUCGACUUUUCCAGAUCAAUGAGGCAUCGGGCGCAAUAAAGCUGGUGCGUCAGCUGGACAGGGAACGGCAGGCUGUGCACACCUUAGUUGUCCUAGCCUUUGAUGGCAACAGUGGCCUGGUUAAUUUUGCACUUGCUCCAGUUAAGGUAGAAGUCCGGGACAUCAAUGACAACAAGCCUUACUUUCCGGUACAGAUUCUGACCACGAGUAUAAAGGAAAAUCAACCAGCAAACACUUUACUUACUAUCAUUCACGCCAUUGACCUAGACACCGGCAUGUUUGGUCACUUGCUAUAUACAGUGCUAGAGCUUCCAGCACCAGAACUGGGACUACCUAAUGGAAAAGAUGUAUUUUCUGUAAACAGGACUUCAGGAGAACUACUGUCCCGGCAGAGCUUCGAUUAUGAGCGCAGUAAAGCCUUCAAUAUGAUCGUAAAAGCAACUGAUGCUGGAAACUUUUCCGCUACGGUCACUGUGCAAGUUCUCGUGACGGGUGAAGACGAGUAUGAUCCUGUAUUUGUUGCUCCAUACUUUAAUUUUGAGGUUCCAGAAGGCGCUAGUAAAGGUCAGACUAUUGGGCGGGUUCAGGCCACAGAUGAGGAUGAAGGGGCUGACGGUGUGGUCCUUUACUCUUUUUCUAAACCAUCACCCUACUUUGGAAUCAAUGAAACCACAGGUCAAGUCUAUCUGAAAGUAGACAGUCAGAGACAUCGUUCUGGACGCUCAAAAAGAGAGACAAGGGAAAUGAUGAUGGAGGUUCAUGCUCACAGUCCUCUGCCAUCCUCACGAGUAGCCAUGGCUCAGCUUACUGUGGACAUUACACACACAUCUUUUGGUUUGGCCCCAGACCUGAAUUUACUGCUCAUAGUAUCUGUAGCUUCAUCAUUGGCAGUAGUUGUAGUUUUGGCUGCAGUAGCAAUUAUUCUGGUGGUCUGCAGGUCCCGGGGUAUGCAUAAGAAAAGUGAUGAAGCUGAUGCCCAACUGGACAAUUUACAAGGUAGUACCCUACAAAGAAUGGGGCACGAUAAAUCAACACUUGGUAGUGGUGAUCGAAUCUAUCACCAAACUCUCCCAGGUUAUUCUAUGGAAUCUUCCACGGUGGAUGGAUCUUAUACUCGAGGGGGCUCUAUAGAUCCCUCACAUUCCAGCGGACGGGGGUCAGCUGAAGCUGCAGAAGAUGAUGAGAUCCGUAUGAUUAAUGAAUAUCCACGUGUCGCAAGCAUUACAUCUUCUAUGCAAGAGCACAUAUCUGCCCGGGGCCCAGAUUCCGGUAUACAACAAGAUGCCGAUCAGCUGUCGGAUAUCUCCUGCGACCCCUCAAUGGAUAGUGGCCAAUGGUUUAAAAACAAAAAGGGUUCUGGUCAGUCGACACUGUAUCGAGAUGAUAGCGGGGGAGGAGGAGCUUUUAUGGGGGUGGGAUGUGGGUUAAAUAUGUCACACCCAAAGGACUAUUCUUUCCCAGAAGAUGGCAAACCAUCUGUAGAAGGAUCCUUGACAGCUAUUGUUGCUAGCGAUGAGGAACUACGUGGCAGCUACAACUGGGAUUAUUUACUGAAUUGGUGUCCCCAGUUCCAGCCAUUGGCCAGUGUGUUCAUGGAGAUUGCUCGACUCAAAGAUGAGUCAGCAUUAAGAAAACCUUUCCAGCCAAAACCAAAAGCAAUUCCUCAACCUCGUAUUGAUCCACCUCCUCUUAUCACAUCUGUUGCUCAUCCUGGUGCUAAAACUGUGCCUCCUAAGCCAGCGGUGGGCAGAACCUUCCCCAACUUCUCAUCCUUACGCCGUUCCCCUAUAACCCACGAAGCUUCUCUUUCAUCCUCUAUUAUACCUCCUAGCUUCUCCCCAUCGUUGUCUCCUCUAGCAGCACGCUCUCCUGUUGUGUCCCCAUUUGGUAUCUCCCAGGGCCCAUCGGCCUCUGUCCUUAGUACAGAGCAUAAUCUCGACCCUUCAGGUGAUGGGGAACUAAGAAUUUAAUAAGAUCAGAAAACGUGGAGGAUAUGGACACACAGAAAACAUAAGAGUCAGAAUUGGUGAGAACAUUUCUUGUGGCAAGAGACUAAAAGUUUAAAAGACCAUAAAACCAUGAAGCUAAAUAAUAUAGAAUGAGAAGGGUUAGGAUAGACCAAUCUUAGGCCAAAAUCAUGGGUAAUCCUUCUAUGAUGCUUCCUUCAAGGUUCCCUCUGUUGACCAGGGGUAAGAAGCUCCAUGUCUCUGCAGCAUGUGACAAUACACUCCAGAAGAAAGACUUGUGAUGUCCACGCUUCACUCUGCUAGACUGCAGACCAACAUGCAGUCCUGCCCUAGACUGGCAGCUACUUUUUGUUUUUCAACAUUUUUUACAUAUCAGGCAGGACCUGCUCACCAGCAGCUGCAUACAAUCUGCAAGGGCUGUGACCUAUCUAGGCUCCUUACCUGGACUAGACCUAUAAGCAUGUUCAUGUGAGCAUGACCGAGCCUCGUGACCAGAUAUGUGACCUAAGAAGAUGGACUAAGGAAUGUUUGCUUACAUGUAAAGUGUAAUGCAAGAGAGGAACUGAGAGAAAUUGGUGAAAAGGUGGAUUUAUUAUAAAUUAUGUGUAUAAAGAACACUAUAUGUGCACUACAAAGGCUUAUGGGGCAGAGAAUGAGCAUUGUGUUUAGGAGGUGUUUAUCUAUAUAAGUGUACGGUGGACUGGAUGGUAUUGUAUACAGUUAUCCGAGUUGUCCUUUUAUAUCUAAGAAUACAGAUUUGUAGGAAUACACAUUCCCAUAUAUGACCAGUUCACAUUUACCAACAAAAAGUACCAUAAAAGGUUCCUCAGUUAGGAACACAGUCUAAAGAUGGGCAAAUCCUACGAACAAACAAGCUAAACAUUUCUAUAGAAUUUUUUUUGAUGGUCAAGCCCCCAAAGUCUACAAUAUUCUGCACACUAAAUCUGUCCACGACUUAACCACUGGAUAUCACCAUAACACAAUGACAUUACACUAUAUGUGUAGAACACUACAACCCUGGCAUGGCCUGACCACUAGAAAUGACUAGUAUACUCUAUACCCAUAGGACAGGACCGUAUCAUGGACCACACAUCUAGAUACAGGCUCUCUGCAGAUAUAAUACCCUUCUAUGCUUAUUCAGGCCUGUAGGAUAACUGUAUAGAAUAUCUCCUGUCUACAGUAAUGGACAGGAGACUCCGAGGGCUAAGAAGCCCUAAUGUUGUAAAAGUUAUCUGAAAUGUUUGAAGGUCAUAUUGGUACAGUUGAUCUGGAUAAAGAUGGUUUAACAUGUGAGCUAAACAUUUUGUGAUGUUCGGGGGCUGGGCUAAGCCCCUAAAAAUGUGGUUACAGAAGAACAGGGCCACAGGCAUCAGGUGAGUUCUGGAGCAUAGUGGGGGCCUUGUGGUGCCCCCCCAGAGGUGUUUACACACAAAGCCUUAUGUCCACUCAUGGUGUCUUACCUCUGACCUUACUCUGUCACUCGUCCAACACCCUCCAUGGACAUACAACAUAUAGGAGGCUGAAACAGACUUAUAUUUAAGAGGUGGACAAUAGAGGGAGACAGCCGGGAACCAAUGUGGGAGGGUUCAGUGGUCAUGGAAAUGUUUUUUUGGUCUCACUAUGCAAUGUUAUGGUGGUUCCUGUGGUGGCCGUCAUCUGGUCAGAAGCUGCAGAGCAUUAACCAAUAACCAGCUACAAUAUUCAUAUCAAUGAGGGCCAAAGAUUUCAUUGUCCCUGCAUUUUCAGUGGGCAGGAUGGGUCUUCUCAGACUAAGCAAUAAGCCUUGUGCAUCCAGGAAUUAGUCAGUAGUGUUUUGUGUUUGUGUCUAUAACGUCCGGGGAAGCAGUCAGUAUGAGUCCCCGUCAUUGCAUGUACGGUACUAUUCACCUUGUAUGAGAUGUUGGGGCGCAGAAGGAAGUUGUCUCAUAUAUCGAGUGACCAUUGUCCUGUGUGUCCUGUUCAGUGUCGGCCUCUGAGAACUUCAUUCCGGUCAUUCGGUGUUGGUCUUUAGGACUCUCUGCAGUCUUGACCCAAUGCAGUGUUGCACUCCUGUUGCUUCUCUGUAGUCUAUUGCCCAGUCCCCACUUCUCUUUAGGUGACGUUGAGGGACCCUUCUCUCAUAUCACAGAGCCUGUGCCAUUUUGCGGCCUCUACACUAUGUAAUCCGUACUCCACAACCUGCUAGAGCCACAGACCGCUAAAUACCCCCGUAAAGCACUUGUAGUGAGCACUGAUCUCUCUGUCAGGAUAGUGGCAGACCUCUCCCUAUUCCCCCCUGUAUGAAGACGCUGCUUAUCAGUAGAUGAGGAGAAUAAUAAGCUACCUGUAACUAUUAUACCGUCAGUAUUACCCCCACGCUGCCCCGACCAUUAGUAAUAAUAUCAGCAUUACCCUCUCCAACGUGUUCAAUCACAAUGAUGUAUUUUAAUGUCACUUUACCGCCAUAUCAGUAUUAUCCUCCCAGUGCCCUAUUAUGUGUGUAUCUGGGUGAAAAGAGUUUUAGGAAAAGUUGUGCAAAGACUACGAUAGAGGUGCCAUCUCGGACGACCAGCUGGGCACCACAUAGUCCUUGUUCUUUUACCUAUUCACUGAAUGUUCAUAUUUCAGACCCUCAGGUUCAGCCAUUUAUAGAUCUUACUGCCCAAGACCUUUCCUGUAAGUUCAGCUCCUCUCUCAAACUAGUCGGUGCUCCACGUAAACGCAUUGUCUGUACCCUCGCACAUUUCCAGCCCCUCAGCGUUACAGCCAGCAGCCAUGUCUAUGUGUAUCUCAGAAUCUUAUUUAUUAUACUCUAGAAAACCAGCUGUGUCGCUUCACUUACUUUGUAUUUAAGAAGACUAUGUUGGGGUGAUUGGGGGAGGGGGGGUAUGAGGAUUAUUGUAUUACAGGGUGGAUACUGGGCACAAGGGACACUGCUAUGUACCCAACCCCUCCCUUGGUGUUACCAGUUCACAAGUGCCAACUUUUAUACAAAACUCCUUUUUAAACAUGUGGAAAUCUCUUUGUAAUAAAAAUAAAUGAGAAUUGACAAGU